UCCGUCCACAUCGCAGCCAUCGUAGGACAGCGGAUCUCUUCAACUCCGAUCAGGGCCGAACAUCUCGUCGGUCCGUCCACUUCGCGGCUCGGUGAUCUCUCCUCUCCUCUUCAAAUAUCACCGGCGUAAGAGACGAACUCCACGACGCCACCUCGGCACGUGCAAAGCCCUCCUCGCCGUCUCCGGCACGUGCCAACUUCCACCAGCCCUUCCUCCGUUUAAAUUCCUCACCCCAAAUCUCGAUCACCGGACGCAGACUCGAAUCCGAUCUCUCUCCGCUACCAAAUGCGUUGAGAGCUACCCCAUGGCUUCCAUUUCCGGCAUCUGCUACCCCUCCCCCGCCCACCGCCUCCGCCUCCGCCGCUCCCUCCCCAUCCUGCCCCCCAGCUGCAUCCGCCACCUCCGCCCGCCACGAUCCAUCGUCGGCCUUCCCCGCUCCUCCUCCUCCGCGGCUUCCUCCUCCGCUGUACCGGCGGAGAAGAUCAAGAACGGAGCCGUCGAGAAGGACCCGAUCAAGCUAUGGCACCGAUAUGUUGACUGGCUCUACCAGAACAAGGAGCUCGGUCUCUUCCUCGAUGUCAGCCGGAUCGGGUUCACCGAGGAGUUCUUCGACCAGAUGGAACCCAAGCUGCAGAAGGCGUUCCGAGCGAUGCAGGAUCUCGAGAAGGGAGCCAUCGCAAACCCCGACGAGGGCCGUAUGGUGGGUCAUUACUGGCUGAGGAACCCGAAGCUUGCGCCCAACUCGUUCUUGAGACUGCAGAUCGAGAACACGCUCGAUGCCAUCUGCAAGUUUGCGGAUGACGUUAUCAGCGCUAAGAUUAAACCUCCAUCAUCUUCUGCUGGUCGCUUUACCCAAGUGCUCUCUGUUGGAAUUGGAGGUUCAGCAUUGGGACCUCAAUUUGUUUCUGAGGCAUUGGCUCCUGAUAAUCCUCCUUUAAAGAUAAGAUUUAUUGAUAAUACAGAUCCAGCUGGAAUUGAUCAUCAAAUUGCACAGCUUGGUCCUGAGCUUGCAUCAACACUCGUGAUUGUAAUAUCAAAGAGUGGAGGUACCCCUGAAACACGAAAUGGUCUAUUGGAAAUACAGAAAGCCUUUCGAGAAGCUGGGCUAGACUUCUCAAAACAGGGUGUUGCGAUUACUCAGGAAAACUCCUUAUUAGACAAUACAGCUAGAAUUGAAGGGUGGUUGGCAAGAUUUCCUAUGUUUGACUGGGUUGGUGGUAGAACAUCAGAAAUGUCUGCCGUUGGUUUGCUCCCUGCAGCACUUCAGGGAAUUGACAUUAAAGAAAUGCUUGUUGGUGCAUCAUUGAUGGACGAGGCUAAUCGGACAACAGUGGUCAAGGAUAAUCCAGCAGCUUUGCUUGCUUUAUGUUGGUCCUGGGCUUCUGGUGGAAUUGGAUCCAAGGAUAUGGUUGUACUUCCAUACAAGGACAGCUUAUUGCUAUUUAGUAGAUAUUUGCAACAGUUGGUCAUGGAGUCACUUGGGAAAGAAUUCGACCUUGAUGGAAAUCGGGUUAAUCAAGGACUUACUGUGUAUGGAAACAAAGGCAGCACUGAUCAACAUGCCUACAUACAACAGCUGAGAGAAGGGGUUCACAAUUUCUUUGUCACUUUUAUUGAGGUAUUGCAUGACAGGCCCUCAGGUCAUGACUGGGAGCUAGAACCAGGAGUUACAUGUGGUGACUAUUUGUUUGGAAUGUUGCAGGGAACUCGUUCAGCCCUCUAUGCAAAUGAUCGUGAAUCAAUUACAGUGACUGUACAACAAGUAACUCCUAGAAGUGUAGGAGCACUAAUUGCACUCUAUGAACGAGCUGUUGGUAUUUAUGCAUGCCUGAUCAAUAUCAAUGCAUAUCAUCAACCUGGUGUGGAAGCUGGGAAAAAAGCAGCAGGAGAAGUAUUAGCACUCCAGAAGCGGAUUUUGGCUGUUCUAAAUGAGGCCAGCUGUAAAGAACCAAUUGAGCCACUAUCACUCGAGGAAAUUGCAGAAAGAUGUCACGUCCCAGAGCAGAUAGAAAUGAUAUACAAGAUCGUGGCGCAUUUGGCUGCAAAUAACAGAGCACUGAUUGCCGAAGGCAGCUGUGGUUCACCUCGAAGCAUCAAAGUUUUCCUUGGAGAAUGUAACGUGGAUGAGUUAUAUGCUUAAGUUUAUUCUUCACUGUAUGUAUUCUGCAAUUAGUAUGUAACUGGAAUCAGCAAGGGGAAGUAAACCCCUCUUGUGAAGAGUCACUGCAACUGGAAUCAGCAAGGGGAGCGGCUGCCCAGAAGGAUUCAAUUAUGGAAAGUAUCAGAAAGAAAGAUUGAAGUGUGUUGGGUUUUGGUCAGUAACUAGUUUAAUUCAACAAUUGCUGUUUGUUUCAUUUCUUCGGUAGCUGUUUGUAUUGUUGUUUCAGUUUCUAUUAUAUAUAAACAUGCAUAUCCUGUUGAGUAAAAUUAAGCUAAUUUAUUUCUGUCAAA